AUGCCAGCGGCCUUCCAUCGGCUGCAGGACCGCGGCGGGUCGCAGAAGGACAAGAAGAAAAAGCCCUACAAGCCGUUCAUGACCACGACGCCUGUUCUGCUGAUCUUCAUUGCCGUUGCUGUCGCCUGCGUGAUUCUCCUUCAGAAAAUUGUUGAGAGUGGAAGCCCACUGCACGAUCGCUAUGACGAGGAUUCUCAAAGCCAACGACAGCAAAAGCGAGACGGGCCAAGUCCCAGUUCGCCCAGAAUCGUGGCUGCCCUCCACCCGAGACAAGCCAAUUCCUCAACGGCAUCGGCUCCGGCUACAACUGUUGCUGCUGCUUCCUCGACGACCUCUUUCUUUUCGACUACCACUAGUAGUACUGAGGUCGAGGUCGAUACCUUCUCUUCGACUACCAUAGCGACAAGCAGUUUCGAAGUCGAAAUUGAUACUUCUUCUUCCACAACCCUCCCACCAACGACCUCGACAUCAACGACGCCUGUAACAUUGACUACCACCACUACUUUGACAACAACGACUAACCCCCCCACCCUGACCACGACCUCUUUCACCACAACUCCCUUUUCCACCACAAUUUCGAUUUUGACUACAAUCUCGCCACCACCAUCGAGCCCAGUACCAGGACUUGUUUGCGACUUGGAGGUUGAUGCCUACUAUAUCCAAUCCGCCGAGACUCUUAUAUCGAGUCUCGACCUCGGUGACGGGUCAUCAAAUAUGACUAUCUGCUUGGACUUUUGUAUCACCAACGUGGGUAGCUGUCAGUCAGUGGUCUAUGAAUUUCCGGAGAACAAGUGCUAUUUUUUCCAAGAUACUUUCCAGACUUUCAAUCUGGGUGGCGCCUAUGAUGUUGAGACUGCCACCGAUCCAGAUAACCAAUACUUCUUCUCGGAUUCUGGAUGCUAUAAUGCCACAAUUGGGGAGGAGGAUCCUCCCAGUUCCACGACAUCGUCUCCUACGACUCUCACUACUAAUUCUACAACGUCUUCUUCCGCAACUUUCACUACCAGUUCUACGACUACCACGCCCCUGACUACCACCACCAGUCUAAACACAACCACCACCAUUCCUUUCACGACAGACACUACCACAACCACGUCGCUGACGACAAAUACCACCACUGUUACGACAACUACUUCUACCAACACGACCUCAACGACUACCUCAACGACGAGCUUAGCGCCAACAACUUCCACCCUCACCACGACUACCUCACAAACCACGACUACCUCACAAACCACGACUUCAACUCUCACAACUACCUCACAAACCACGACUUCAACUCUCACAACUACCACUACUACCUCGACAAUCUCUUCAACGACACCACCAUCUUCACUGACAACCACCACUACCACACUUGUAGUCAUUGCUGUACCCGAUACUACCACUUCAGAUCUAGUGACCACGCAAAGUGUUAACACAUCGACUACCUCGCCAGCUGCUGAGAUACCUACUUCUAUAAUCACUUUCACAACUACACCCACCACCACAGAUCCUAGCACCACUCCCAUUACUGAAAGCACAACAUCAGGCAUAAUUGAAGUGGAGGAUCCAUCAACAACGCCAGACGUGUCUACUUCUCAAGCUGGGAUCACUGAUGAUGAUGUCCCUGCCACUACGACAUCACAACCAACUGAAGUUACUGCUGAUGAUGCCCCUGCCAUCACAGCAUCAGAGCCAGCUACUACCAUCUCCACCAGUGCUGAUGCUACUAGGACGACCGAUAUCGAGCAGACAAGUGAACCAUCUAAUAGCGCACAGACUGCCAGUGCUACUCAAGCACCUGCUGAAAGCACGGCAACUGACACGACGGACCCUGCUGUUACCAUUCAGGCAUCAGAAACUGGUACUUCGACUGCAUCCGCGACGGUGAACAGUGCCAGUCCAUCUGCAACCGACUUACAAGCCGCUGCAGCUGUGCCUACCCAGGCGCCCGAGGAUUCUACCGCAGGAAGCAAUAUUGCUUCAGCACAGCCGUCAAUUCCUGCCACAGUGCUGCCGGCAUCGACUGCGGCUUCUCAACUGCCAGCAGCUGCAAACAGUGCAAAUCCAACUCUGGGUACUUCGGUGUCGGGCGUCAGCUCUGUGCCAGACCAGACUAAUAAUACCAGCCCAUUAAGUGCUAGCGACAGUACAGCAACGAGCACACAACCGUCCGAUACUGGGAGUGUGUCGAUUGUCGCUGUUGCUUUGUCUAACGAUCCGGCUGCAACGGCAACUGGGGCAAUUUCUGGUUCGGCUUCUGGCGGCAAUGGGACUGGAUCAGGGUCCGGUUCUGAUGGCGCCGGAGGUGGCGGUGGCGGCGGCGGCGGAUCGGGAUCAGGUGGAGACACUGUGCAUCCUAUCUCCGACAGUAGCCCUUUCGUGCUCACUCUACCAGCCCCAGUUACAGACACAACUAUAUACGCGGCAGUUUUUGUUACGGUCACCAUGUCUGUACUAUUCAAGAGCUUCUGGUGCGUUGUCUUCGCUUCAGCCAAGAUGAUGGAGCCGUUCUAUCAGCUGUCGAGGGAAGCCUCAAAGGUCACAGCGGAGGCGUCAGUCCUUCGCCAGUAUCUACAAGCUGGAAUAGAGUUUCGCGAUUUGAACCCUAUGAACAAGCAUUGGGUCAUGUUCCUGACUACGAUCGUCAGCAUUUUACUCAGUGUUCAAGCUUCAAUAGCAUCCGAAGCGAUGACUGUUCAAGCCGGUGCCACUUGCGAUACUCAAAAUGGUACUAAGCUUUGCGAUCCUGUGUGGGUUGUCAACUAUGCUGUGGUUCGUGGGCUCCAAACAACCUUGUGCAUGACUGCAGUCUUUAUUGCAAUACUAGUAUGGUUGAACUGGAACCGACCAAGUGGUCUAUUCACUUACCCUUGUAGCAUUGCUUCGAUGGCUUCGCUGUUGAGUAAUUCGGAAGACGAUGUGGUUGACAUUCUUCGAGGAAUUCACCCAGAUGCUAAGGACUGGGCCGUCAAGAAGAUGAUGCAAGGAAAAUCAUUCUCCUUCAGACGAACCCAUGUACGAGCAGAGUCUAACAUCCUUGGCAUUUCCGUUGAGAGAAAUGAAUAUGAGCCACCCUCGCCCGCUCCGCAAGCUGCAACAACCUCACGUUCACUAGGAGAUGGUGUUGAUCUGACCGGAUUUGCAAGCGGUGCACACGUCCCUGGAUCUUGGCUUGAUCGUCUCCCUUGGGGCAAAGGCUAUAUUAUAGUGAUCACACUUCUCCACAUGGCGCUGUUCGGUGUUAUCCUCUCCUUCGUUCUCGCCGGCAACGACAUCUAUCAAGUCAACCUUCUUGGAGAGGACGGAACGAAACACUUGACCGCUGUGAGAUGGGAAUUCCUGGAUGGCACAAAAUUUGGACCUCGUUUCUUCAUGACGUUACUCGUCUCUUUCCUGUUUACACCAUUCUGGGAGCAAUUCGAACUAGCUGUUCGCGUCAUGGUCCCCUACCGCCGCCUUCGAAAGGGAAAUAAACAAGGUCGUCAUCUCCUCACAAUGUACCUCCACGGCGUGCCUUUCACAUCUUUCUUCAAAGCCCUCCGACACAAGAACUGGUAUCAUGCAUUUAUUGCAUUCACCACUGUACUUUCUUACGUGCUUCUGGUCCUGAUCGCCGGCGUUCCGUACAACUAUGGACAGAUCAAGAACGUGUCAUUCUACAGCUCACUCGUCAGCGUGGUGAUCCUGGGCAUCAUGAUCGUGGCCAUGAUAUCUCUGGUGUUUUGGCAGAUGGGAAACCCCAACAUGCCGAGGAGGCCUGACACGUUGAUCAACACCUGGCUGUUGAU